UUUUGUCCGACCGCAUUUUUUCUGUCCGUGUCUUUGUCCUUUCCACGUUUUGGCCUUUUCCUUGUAUAAUAGAGAGUUUUUAACUCUACAUUCUGGCAAUUUUUUACUCCUGUAACAUAGUGUUUCCCCAACUUUUUAGCUGAUAAACGUGUUUUUAUGGCUUGGGCGGAUGGUCCUGGAUUGACUGUUGGCGUACUUGGCCGCCCUAAUAAAUUUACUGUUUGCUAUACAAAAAAUUUGGGUGGUGGAAAAUUAACCGUAUUAAUUGAUGGAUCCAAAAAGGCUGAAGUUCGAACUGUACAGCAUCUACAUGAAAACAAUUAUCAAGUCGAGUUCGUUUUUUUUCGCUUAUACUAAUUUUGAUAACAAUUUCUAAAACUUUCCAAUUCAGAUACACAGUCCAAUCACCUGGUUUUUACUCAAUCAAUGUCAAUUUUAUUGGUACUCCGAUCCUCGGAUCACCUUUUGAAGUUUUUGUGAACCGCCGUAGUAGUGUUCAAAUUUGCUCUCCUUCGACCUCUACAGCAAGUGAACAACAACAUUAUGAUGAUUUGCCAGUGAGUUUGAACG